CCGGGGAUCCCGGAGCGGCCGCCGCCUCCCGCGCACACACGGCCAUGGCGGAGGCAGGGAAUGAGCGUGCCACCUCUGAGGUUUUACUUGAGGACCCGUGGAGAAAUCCGUGUUGAAAAUCUUACUAAACAGGCCUCCUCGCUGGGGAGGCAGAGCCCUCGCGUGGUCUCCUGCCUUGCACACAGCCUGUGCCCCGGGGAGCCUGGCUUGCAGACAACAGCAGCGGUGUCCAUGGGCUCUGGAGACCAUCAGUUCAACCUCGCGGAGAUCCUGUCACAGAACUACAGUGUCGAGGGGCAGUGCCAGGAGCCUUCGAGGUGCUCAGACAAGCCCAAGGAGGAGCUGGAGAAGGACUUCAUCUCCCAGAGCAGCGACAUGCCCUUCGAUGAGCUGCUUGCACUCUAUGGCUACGAGGCCUCAGACCCCAUCUCAGAGCAGGAGAGCGAGGGUGGCGACGUGGCUCCCAACCUCCCGGACAUGACCCUGGACAAGGAACAAAUAGCGAAGGAUUUGCUUUCAGGGGAAGAAGAGGAAGAGACGCAGCCAUCUGCUGACGACCUCACCCCGUCCGUGACCUCCCACGAGGCCUCCGACCUCUUCCCAAACCAGAGUGGAUCUCGUUUCCUGGCUGAUGAAGUCAAAGAGCCUGGCUCUUCUGCCUCCUCCGACACCGAGGAGGACUCCCUUCCUGCCAACAAAUGUAAGAAGGAGAUCAUGGUGGGACCUCAGUUCCAAGCUGACCUCAGCAGCCUGCACUGGAACCGGCACUGUGAGAAGAUCUAUGAGAACGAAGACCAGCUGCUCUGGGACCCCAGCGUCCUCCCCGAGAGGGAGGUGGAGGAGUUCCUGUACAGGGCCGUGAAGAGACAGUGGCACGAGACGGUCGGGCCGCAGCUCCCGGAGGGGGAGACCGUGAAAGACAGUGAGCAGGCGCUGUACGAGUUGGUAAAGUGCAACUUCAACGUGGAGGAGGCCCUGCGGAGGCUGCGGUUCAACGUGAAGGUGAUCCGAGAUGGGCUCUGUGCGUGGAGUGAGGAGGAGUGCAGGAACUUUGAGCACGGCUUCCGUGUGCACGGAAAGAACUUUCACCUGAUCCAGGCCAACAAGGUGCGCACGCGGUCGGUGGGCGAGUGCGUGGAGUACUACUACCUGUGGAAGAAGUCCGAGCGCUAUGACUACUUUGCCCAGCAGACGCGGCUCGGCCGGAGGAAGUACGUCCCGUCUGGAACCACGGACACAGACCAGGACCUGGAUGGCAGUGACCCUGACGGCCCCGGUCGCCCCCGCCCUGAGCCAGACGCCCUGGCUGGGAUGCACACGGAGCCCCUGAGCGUGGAUGGCACAACCAGUGGUCUUGGUGAGCCUGGAGUGGCCUCUGGCGGCCCCCCGUCCUCGGAGCCGGGGCCCUGUUCCUUCCAACAACAGCUGGACGAGCCCCCCGCUGUGCCCCUGCCCCGUCUGCCCCCAGCCCCGGCCGACGCAGCCUCGUACCUGCCAGCUGUCGCUGCUGCGGAGACAGACGCCAGCCCGAGGCUGGCCGUGGACUUCGCCCUGCCCGAGGAGCUGCCCCUCAUCCCCAGCCAUGUGGACCUGGGCGCGGACCCGGAGGAGACGGUGGCCCCUGCCCAGGUGGCUUUGUCAGUCACCGAGUUUGGACUCAUCGGCAUUGGGGACGUGAACCCCUUCCUGGCCGCCCACCCCACGUGCCCGGCCCCCGGGCUACACUCGGAGCCCCUGUCACACUGUAACGUGAUGACCUGUUGAUUCCUGGCCCUGGGCGGGCGUGUGUGGCCCAGACUGGACUUGGUGCUGCUGCUGGCCCGCCUCGGUCGGUCUUCUGACCCCUUCCCCCCUCUCAGGCCUUGGGGCAGCACCUCCUCUGCUUCAGAACACGUCGGGACUGGGAUGAGGGGCUGGGCCGUGAGCCCCUGCGCCGGACCACACAGACUGGACCCAGGGCCACACCCAGCACCGUCAGCGCCCGGCACUGCUGUCCGGGUCCAGGCUGCUGCCUGCACGUGGGGUCCAUCCGGCGGCCAGGGACAGAAAGACCCGGCCCUGGGGACACCGGGCAGAGCCGGACGCCUAGUCCCCUCCAGCCAGCAGAGGCGAGAGAAGGGGCCGCUGCCCCGGUGGGGAGACGGCAGGACGCCCCGCCCCGCACCAGCAGCCUCCGCCGGGGCGCCCUCAGCUCCCUGCUCGGCUCCGUCUCCACACCUGGCAGGGCCGCGGGCUGCCCCAGCCGGGGGGUCGUGCACGGGCAGCUGCUUCUCAGUGCCAACCCUGUGGGGCACAGAGCCAUAUACCUCGCUGUCCGGCGCCCCCCAGCCUCGCCACCCACCCCGUCGUCUCCACUUCAGGAAAAGCCGCACUUUACACCCCCACCUGCCUCCUCCCCUCCAUCCCUGCUCCCCGAUCCUGAGAGGUUGGGGUGGGGGCCCCUCAGCAACCCCAGACGUGGGUUUGAGGAGACAGGUGGCUCACACCCCGUUUCUGCCCUCCCCCGGUACCAAGGCAGGGCCCCCAGAGGAGCCGCCGCCCUCGCUGCCACGCGGGCCCGACUCCAGCCCGCUUGCCCAGCCCUGCAGGCUUUUCUUCUGUGGGCGCGCCCCGCACGCUGGCUCGGAGUCCUGUCCUCCCCGCCCCCGUCUGUCUGUUUACACGUUGGAGUGGGGUCCUCCGUGGGCGGGUGCCGUCGGCCUCUUGUGCCCGAGCACCUUUCCGAGUGGACUCGACCACCCUCACCCCCACCAAGGACCACACUGUGAAGUGAUAACUGCCUUGAACCCCCCUUGCUGUUUUAUUUAUUAAACUUGAUUUGAAGCCCA